AUGACCUCCACCAGCCAAGAUUACAGUACAACCAGACAACGAAGAAGUAGGCACAAUGCCCACUCACCACCCCAUGACUCCAGCACCUCAAAGAGAAGUGUUAAGAAGGAUUCUGUAGUACCCCGCUGUAGCUUCAGUCUAGCAGAGGUAAAGAAGAAAGGCAGAAUGAAGCAGCUCAGCCAAUCAGCAGAGCAAGACCUAAUCACCGGACUACAAGAGCUGAAUCUGAAUCUUGAGGCCAAGGCACGGUCUGGUACAGGCUUGGUGUUCCACGAACAGCUCAAUGAAUUCUACUGCCUCUGGGAUGACAGCUUCCCUGAAGGCCCUGAGCGGCUCCAUGCCAUCAGGAAGCAGCUGACCCAGGAGGGCCUCCUGGAUCGCUGUAUCUCCUUCCAGGCCCGUUCUAUCGAAAAGGAGGAGCUGAUGUUGGUUCAUAGCCUAGAGUACAUUGAUCUGAUGGAGACAACCAAGGACAUGAAUGAGGCAGAACUCCGCAACCUAGCUAACACCUAUGACUCCGUUUAUCUGCAUCCAAACUCAUACGCGUGUGCCUGCCUGGCCUCAGGCUCUGUCCUCAGGCUGGUGGAUGCAGUCUUGGGGGAUGAAGUCCAGAAUGGCAUGGCCAUCGUUAGGCCUCCUGGACACCAUGCCCAGCACAAUCUUAUGGAUGGAUAUUGCAUGUUCAACCAUGUGGCCGUGGCUGCCCGCUAUGCUCAGCAGAAGCAUGAUAUUCAGAGAGUCCUUAUUGUGGAUUGGGAUGUGCACCAUGGCCAAGGAACACAGUUCACCUUUGACCAGGAUCCCAGCCUUCCCCAAGAUUUACUUAUUUUCAAAAAUGUAGCUUUUAGUGGCAUUUCUGCUGUUUUUAUUGCUGAGACCCUCGAUGAGGACAUCAUGGAGAAGGACAAGGAGGAGGGGCCAUUGGAGCCCCCUACACCCCGAAUCCUGGCUUGGCCGGUGCUCCACGCUCGCACAGGGCUGGUCUAUGACCAGCGUAUGAUGAGUCACUACAACUUAUGGGACAACCACCACCCCGAGAUGCCCCAGCGUAUCUCCCGAAUUGUGCAGCAUCUGGAGGAGCUAGGACUUACCAGACUGUGCCUCACCCUGCCUGCGCGCCCUGCCACAGAUGCUGAACUGCUCACCUGCCACAGUGCCGAGUAUCUGGCUCGUCUUCGGGCCACAGAGAACAUGAAAACCCGGGAGCUCCACCGUGAAGGCGCCAACUUUAACUCCAUCUAUAUCUGUCCCAGUACCUUCGCUUGUGCACAGCUUGCCACUGGUGCUGUGUGCCGUCUAGUGGAGGCUGUGCUCUCUGGAGAGGUACUAAAUGGUACUGCUGUGGUCCGCCCUCCAGGACACCACGCAGAGUGGGAUGCUGCUUGUGGUUUCUGCUUUUUCAAUUCUGUGGCUGUGGCUGCUCGCCAUGCCCAGACCAUCAGUGGGCAUGCCCUGCGGAUCUUGAUCAUAGAUUGGGAUAUCCAUCAUGGUAAUGGAACUCAGCACAUAUUUGAGGAUGACCCCAGUGUGCUCUACAUGUCCCUUCACCGCUACGAUCAUGGUACCUUCUUCCCCAUGGGAAAUGAGGGUGCCAGCAGCCAAAUUGGCCAGGGCCCUGGCAUAGGCUUCACUGUCAACGUGGCUUGGAAUGGGCCCCGUAUAGGUGACCCCGACUACCUGGCUGCUUGGCAUCGUCUGGUACUUCCCAUUGCCUAUGAGUUUAACCCAGAAUUGGUGCUGGUCUCAGCUGGCUUUGAUGCUGCACGGGGAGACCCCUUGGGGGGCUGCCAGGUGUCGCCUGAGGGUUAUGCCCACCUCACUCAUCUACUGAUGGGCCUUGCAAAUGGCCGCAUUAUCCUAAUCCUAGAGGGUGGCUAUAACCUGACAUCCAUCUCAGAUUCCAUGGCUGCUUGCACCCGCACUCUCCUUGGGAAUCCACCAUCCUUGCUGGCCCCUCUACGGCCCCCACUAACAGGAGCUCUGGCUUCAAUCUCUGAGACCAUUCACAUCCAUCGCAAAUACUGGCAUAGCUUACGGAUCAAAAAAAUAGAAGACAAGGUGGAGGGACCUUCCAGUUCCGAGCUGGCCACCAAGAAGGAACCUCAACCAGCCAAUCCUGGGUUAGUCAUGGGAAUGGCUAUACCAAAUGAAGACAUUCUGGAAACAGACAUGGGGAAGGCUACCUCAGCAUUAUCCAUGGCAGAGUCUACUCCAGUCCAGGUUAAGUCAAAUAUAGCUAUGAUGGAGAUCACUCAAGACCAGUCCUUGGAAGCAGCCACUAGUUGGACCACACUAGACCAGACCACCUCAGAGGAGACGGUGGGAAACACCAAACUAGCUUCAUGUACUGACAACCAGACCUCCCCAUCAUCACUUGUGCGGGGAACUACCCCUCACAGUAAGCUGAUUGAAAGUCUCAGAACCUCAAAACUAAGCAAAGAGGUUCAGGAGACCCCAGAUUCUCAGAUUCCACAAGAGAAGCUACUAGGAGAGGCAGCUGGAGGUCAGGACCUGGAUGAUUCCAUGUUGAUAGGUUUUGGGGACACUGAUGAGGCUACAUUUUAUGCUGUGACACCACUUCCCUGGUGUCCCCAUUUGACGGAAGUAUGCCCCAUACCUGCAAUAGGCCUGGACUUUACCCAACCCUGUCAUGGCUGUGGAACCAUCCAAGAGAAUUGGGUGUGUCUUUCUUGCUAUCAGGUCUGUUGCAGUCGUUAUGUCAAUGCUCAUAUGGUUCAACAUCAUGAAGACUCAGGACACCCAAUAGUCCUCAGCUUUGUUGACCUGUCUACCUGGUGUUACCAUUGUCAGGCCUAUGUCCACCAUCAGGCUCUCCUAGAUGUGAAGAAUGUUGCCCAUCAGAACAAGUUUGGGGAGGACAGGCCUUAAUCACACUAA